GGUCACAAGAGGAGGAGGAAGGACACUUUGGGAACUCGUACGGGAGGGUUGGCUGCCCUGUCUUUGUUUACACGCAAGCAGCUGUGCCGUCCGCGCCGCCACCUGUCACUUCCAUUACUCCCGUGUUUUUCCCUCAAACAUGCCGAAUGCUCAGGGAAACACGCCAGGCAGGAAGGAACAGCAGCAGGCGUGAUGGGCGGCAGGCGGCAGCAGGCGGCCACCUCUGAGCAGACCGCAAAGUCUCCCGGCGGCAGGAGGAGGGGGAGGAGGAGGGGGAAGCAGCACAAGGAAGAGGAGGAGGAGGUAGUCACGGCAGGAAGAGGAGGAGUGAAGGACAAGGGGAAUUUACGCCUCCGUUCAGGCAAGAUGGUUCCUCACACCACCUCAGAGGAUGAUGAGGAGGAUAUCUUCGAGCUCACCGAACUCGACACACAGGAGCUCCUCGGCCGGCCCAAGAAGGGUCGCAUUGAGGAAGGCGAUGGAUUAUUUGAGGAGCGCUCCACCUCCUCCGCCUCAGAUGAUGACCAGGGUGCCUCUCUCAUACAGCCGGGUGACCUGCAGGUGGAGACGGAGACCAGUCUGGCCAUCCUGAUGCAGGUCAUGCUGCCCUUCCUGGUGGCUGGCUUGGGCAUGGUCGGCGCUGGACUGGUGCUUGACUUGGUGCAGCACUGGGCAGUCUUCCGAGAUGUUAGUGAACUAUUUAUUAUGGUGCCGGCGCUACUGGGGCUUAAGGGUAACCUGGAGAUGACCCUCGCCUCGCGCCUCUCCACACACGCCAACCUGGGCCACCUCGACAAGAAGGAGAACUGUCUCUCCAUGAUUAUUGGCAACAUGGCGCUGAUCCAGUGCCAAGCCAUUGUGGUGGGCUUCCUGGCAUCCGUAGCAGCGGUGGUCAUGGGCUGGAUUCCUGAGGGCCACUUUGAUCUGCUCCAUGCACUGCUACUGUGUGCCGCAGCCCUUGUCACUGCCUCCCUUGCUUCCCUCAUCCUCAGUCUCAUCAUGGUGGGGGUGAUUCUCCUUUCCCGUAAAUGCAACAUCAACCCAGACAAUGUGGCCACACCCAUCGCUGCCUCGCUGGGAGACCUCACCACUCUGGGACUCCUGGCCUGGAUUGCCUCAGUCCUGUACAAUGCCAAGGGUACUGAUGUGUGGCUGUCUCCCCUGGUGGUGGUGGGCUACCUGUUGUCCCUGCCUCUGUGGAUAUGGCUUGCCUCGCGCAACAAACACACCAAGGAGGUCCUGUACUCCGGCUGGACCCCCGUCAUCUCAGCCAUGAUGAUCUCAAGCAUGGGUGGGCUGAUCCUCGACUACACAGUGUCCAGCUACAAGGGGAUAGCAGUGUUCCAGCCAGUGAUCAACGGAGUGGGAGGGAAUCUAGUAGCUGUGCAAGCCUCCCGCAUCUCAACUGCACUCCACGCUGGGGCUCCAUUAGGAAAGCUGCCCAAGUUCUCAUCUGAGCUUUGCAUAAACCCAUGCUCAGCAUUCUGUGCCAGAGUGGGCCACCCACGCACCGCCCGAGUGUUGCUGCUGCUGGUGGUUCCUGGACACCUGGUCUUCAUGUACACCAUCUCCUACCUGAAGGCGGGACACACCUCCCUCACACCCAUCUUUGUCGUCACUUACUUGUUGGCGGCCUUCCUGCAGGUGGCCAUCCUCCUCUAUGUGUCACAUGUCAUGGUGCACUGGAUGUGGAAGACGUCCAUUGAUCCAGACAACUCGGCCAUUCCCUACCUUACUGCUCUUGGGGACCUGCUGGGCACUGGGCUGCUUGCCAUGGCAUUCCACUUCCUCUACAUUGUUGGGGACGGAGACUCUGACCUUGGAGACUAAUACACUUGUCCAUGGCGGGAAUAUUCCUCGAAGGCCUGGCUGGACCUGUGCCUGCGCCUGCUGUCAACUAACCUUACAGUCAGUACGUUAAGUGUCCGUGGUGCCCCGCUUCGCCGCGCCGAGUCUAUAAGAUGCUUGUGUUGUGGCUGCAAGUGGGUGUUUGGGUGAACUUGGCUGUAACGAGGGAUUGUUGAGUGUGUAAGUGUGUCUCAAAGAUUCUCAGAAGCUCUUCCCACGCCUGUCUAACAAUAACGUGUGUGUAUGUUUGUGUGCGUGUACGUACCGUUGCCGGAGUUGUUAAGUUAUUCUCUGCGACUUAGACGAUGCUGUGUUCUUGUUGACAUCUGUUGGUAGUGGCUGCGUAGUGAUGACAGGCAAGGAAGUGUGCUUUCCUGUGUGCUUAUGGCAUGCCCUCCCUCCAAGAUGCUACGUAGCGUCAUGCAGAUGGUGAGGCGGCGCUGAGUCACACGGUCAAGGAGAGUGCAAGGCAAGGUGAAGAUUGUGACAUUUCCUCUCAGUGUUACAGGACUGUCUGUUCUCAAGGAUGUCCACUUGUAUUAUAACUGUUGUUGUGAUUAGAAGCACACCAGGGAAAGAACUGGCAGUUGCUCUGUGGCUACGUAGUCUUAAGGACAUGUACACUGGGAGUAUUUUUUAACUGGCUCCUCUAUUUGUAAAGCUGCCUAUGCAGGAGCAUCUGUUUUAGUUAACAGUGGCAUGUGUGUGCAUAAUCUGUGAUAUGGAAUAAGGUAACUCAGAGAGGAAGGAUCACGCAAACCAUGCUGGGCAGUCUUCGAGCGGUAGCAGUAGACCUGUCCCGCCGGGCUGCCAGCCAGACGGCCGAGCGACCGACAAUGCCAACUUGAUGUAGAGUACAAGUAUAUUUAAAGCAUAUUUAUAAUAAAGAAUGUGCUAAUCAGUGGCAUACAAAAUAUUAUUGUGCUGUACUUUGUUACUUCCUGUUGUGACUGGUGUAAGAUAUAGUGCAUAAUUUGCAGUACUGUAUUAUGCCAGAGAUGUUGCUAUGCACCAGAACUUCCUAUUUUUGUACGAGAACACCGAGUCCAAAGAAACAGAUGUCAUGCCAAACCAAGUGUAUUCAAGGUAUUUACCCUUAGUCAGCAGGAUUCUUGCCAUCCUCAUGGGGCAACCAGCAGGGUAACUGUCACCUGCUGCAGGAGUCCCAUGCCCUGUGUGUGUGUGUGUGUGUGUGUGUGUGUGUGUGUGUGUGAGAGAGAGAGAGAGAGAGAGAGAGAGAGAGAGAGAGAGAGAUCGGGCCUCUGUGUGUGUGUGUGUGUGUGUGUGUGUGUGUGUGUGUGUGUGUGUGCAUCCCAGCAAUGUAUCCUCAGAGACAGGUAGCUAUGGGAAAGAUGAGUUCCCUGGGUGAGGCACAAAAACACUUCCUGUACACAAGCUUUGUACCAAGGAAUGAGGAGUUGUCUGCAGGAUGUCUCAUGUUACAAGCACACAGCUCUCCUAUCCUCAGGGAAUGUUGUGUGCUGUGGCAGUGUACUAGAUCUUGACAAGGCAAGGUGUCACUGUUUAACGUUAUAUUAUAUAUGUAUGAAGUUUUUUUUGUUCUGGAUGUGUAGAAAUAUGCAGUUCCUGUAAAUUGUUGUGUGGGGAGAAGACCACACAAAGCCCAAUGAUUGCUGUCAUGAAGUGGGAGGUGCUGCAUCCCACAGAGGCAACACCAGCCAGUGACAACUUGUGUGUGUGUGUGUGUGUGUGUGUGUGUGUGUGUGUGUGUGUGUGUGUGUGUGUGCUCUGUGAGGUGAGAGUGUUUAGCCUCUCUGUACUGACAGGAGGUGGGAGUGUAGCUCAUGGAGCAGAAACCUAAUAUAGAAAUCCAAGAAGAUCAAAUCAUGACCUUCAUCAGAUACAUCAAGCCCUGCAAAGGUUAAUAAAGGUCAAUAAUCUGAAUCUUUUUGUCACUCUUCUUAACACAUCAAGAUCAUCUACUGGUUGGUGAGUUGUAGGAUUGUAUCAAGGAGCUGAGACUCACUGUUUAAGAGUUGAAUCAAACACAUGAGUUCAUACAAUGUGCGUACAAUGCAGAAUUGUGUCAAGAGGUGGAAAACCUAUAUGAUGAAGUGGAGGUGUGUGCAUUGUGUGUGUUGGCUUGGUUGAGCAGGGAGGUGAGGUGGGUGUAGUGUAGACCACCUUAUGGUAGAGGGAGUAUGUGUGUAACAUGUAGUUUUCUUACUGUUGCUUUAAGUACUCUCCUUAGUUGAAUUAUUUAUUGAAUCAUUCACACCCUUAAUGCUAUCCUGGUGUCUCGUGUGGAAAACUAUCUUGGGUAGGGUUACUCUUUGUGUUGUGGGGACAGGACCGGUGUUGUGUUGCAGAGUUAUGUUGUUGUUGCAGAGUUUUAUAUGUGUUGUUACUCAAGGGAAUUAUUAGUUUGUCUUAUGAAUUUGUGUAUGCCUUAUAUAAAUUGUUAUUCUUUAUUUAACAAGAAAUUGAGUUGUGGGAGGAAGUAAUGGAUGUGUAAAUAUAUAGUAUAUGUAUCUUCCCAUUCAAUAUAAAGGCUUCCAGUACUUUUUUCAUGUUGAUUGGUAAUGUAGAGUGUUGUGAAGCAAGGUGACGCCUCAGGAACACAGAGGUAGUGAAGGGUGUAGGCAAGAACAUCAACAAAACAGAAACAUUUGCCAAGUGCCUUAGUGACUGACUCCUUGACCCAAAUAUUCUCCACCUUCCCCUUUCACCACCACCACCACCACCACCACCACCACCACCUCCACCUCCUCCUCCUCAUCCUCCUCCUCCUCCUCCUCCUCCUCCUCCUCCUCCUCCUCCUCCUCCUCCUCCUCCUCCUCCUCCUUCAUCCCCACCCUAAACUGACACACCUUCCUCAUCCUCGUUGCUGUUGAAGUUGUAUAGUGAAGAAUGAAUGAAUAAUGUACAGUACUCUUAAAAAUAAAAAGAAAUACUGCCUUGUUAUUGCC